GACCUCCAGAACAGAUUCAGAGAACAACAUGCAGGCAGAUCGUGAGAUGAGUGUUGUUGCGGGGUCACCCAGGACAGGUGACAACUGUAGCAAUGUUCACGAGGAUGUCAGCGUGAGAAAGAGGAGGGCUAGUGAUGAUGGCAGGAUGCCCGACAAAAGGAUGAGGUGCAGUAACCUCACCAACCCUUCUGAACACAGUGAUGUGUCAGUAAGGCCACCUGAAAAGAAGAGAAGGUGUAGCAUCAGAAACAGCUCCAACUCUGACCCCAGUGUAAUAGCUGUGGUGGAGCCCAAAACAGAAACAAACAAGAGAAAGGCCAGCGACGAUGAUGAGGCACCUGAGAAGAAAACCAGUCGUAGUGACAGCGGGGUGUCCUGGUUCCCUCUGCUCAGUGAUACUGAAUCCUCCUCUUCAUCAGCAGAAGGAGACAUCACCUACAACACCAGCAACGCCUCAUCCGAGGAGGAGAGAAUCUUUGAGUUGGCCUCCUCACUAAACGCAAGCAGAGCUGAUUUCGUGAACAAGUACUGCGAGUUGGAUCCGAUCGGCAAGGGAGGCUUCGGCUCAGUGCGCGCUGGCUUCCGUAAAGCAGACCAUCAACCAGUUGCCAUCAAGCACAUUCCCAUCAGGGCUGUGAGAUUAGAAAAAGUUAAAUGCAAUGGGAAGGUGUUCAACAUCGUUCUGGAGGUGGCGCUCAUGCUGAAAGCCACAGGUCUACCAGGAUCCAUUGGACAAUCCACUGCUGUGUCUCUUCUGGACUGGUAUGAUCUGGGCCACGAGAUAAUACUGAUCAUGGAAAGACCGGAGAACUGCAUGGACCUCCUUAGCUACCUAAAAUCUCGCGGAGGUUACCUGGAUGAACAUGAGGCAAAGAUGAUCCUGAGACAGCUGGUGGACGCAGCCAUCGACAUGCACUCAAAGGGUGUCUUUCACCGGGACAUAAAGUUACAGAACGUCCUGGUGCAGUUGAACGGUGGAGAACCCAAAGUGCGUAUCAUCGACUUCGGCUGUGGCAGCUUCUCCACUGAGACGCCUUUCACUACUUUUUGUGGUACCCGUGCAUACUUCCCUCCCGAGUGGUUUGACUGUGAGAAAUACAGGGCCUGUCCCACCACUGUCUGGCAGCUUGGAGCGCUAUUUUAUACAUUGCUGUGUGGACAUAGGACCUUUACCACCAUGAGCUUCAUGACCAACCACGUUCAGUUCGACAGAGCACUGUCCAAUGAGGUCAAGAUCUUGGUGUAUAUGUGUCUGACCAGAGACCCUGAGUUGCGAGCCACUCUGAAGGAGCUACAGAUGCGCUCUGCGCUCAACUAAGUAUCCGCAAAUCCAAGUCAAGUCAACUUUGAUUUUACGGUACUGAAAAACUCGUAAUGGACUGUUCAAUUUGUCAUGUGCAACCUCAACUGUCAAAUAAAGUAAGAAGCUUCUCCAUCACUGAUUGUAAUUUUUGAAGAGCACUAUUUUCACUGCAGUCUAAAAUCAUCACAUUUGUGACCUGAGUCUGACUCAGUUUCAAGUUAUGUGACCUGAGGGCACAUCUCUGAAGAACACUGUAUCUGAUGUUGUACUGUACUGCAAAUAAAUGAAUCAUCAUUUGACCUGCUGCAAUGGUCUGAAUUUUCCCCAAAAUAUUCAGGUAAAACAUCAGUGCUUUAAGGUGAUGAAUGGUAUACAGAUGACUCAUUUGUGGGAUGCUUACAUUUACAUGUAGGACUUGCAAAAUACA